ACAAUUCACUGGUUUUGUCACAUCCAAAACUAUGUGUCGAGAACAAGAACCCUGCUAAACACUUCCCAAUUUUGUCUGUGUUGCCGUCUCCAAAGAUGAAAUCACAGUCACUUGUACUAUCUUCUUCUGCGUACCCACUUCACUACUCUUCAUCUGCAACCACCUUUUAUACUCAAACAAGUCUCAAAUACUUUAUACCAUUUGUUUCUUUAAAGCCCAAGAGUACAUCAAAGGGAAGGGUUCAGGGUUUAUGCAUCACUAGAGCCAUGAGUGGAUCAUCAAAAUCUGAAAAUGAAACAAAGGAAAAGCAUACUAAGGAGACUAAGUUGUGGGGGGGAAGAUUUGAAGAGAGUGUUACCGAUAUUGUAGAGAAAUUUACUGAGUCUAUUUCUUUUGAUAAGGAGCUCUAUAAGGAAGAUAUUAUGGGUAGCAAGGCUCAUGCUUCAAUGCUCUGCCAACAGGGAUUGAUGAGUGUCAACGAUAGGGAUAGCAUUCUACAAGGUCUUGAUGAGAUUCAAAAACUCAUUGAAGCUGGGGAGUUUGUUUGGAGGACAGACAGGGAGGAUGUGCACAUGAAUAUUGAGGCUGCACUCACUGAUAUGAUUGGUGAGCCGGCAAAAAAACUGCAUACAGCUCGGAGCAGAAAUGAUCAAGUUUUGACUGAUUUUCGCCUAUGGUGUCGUAAUGCUAUUGAUAAAAUCGCUGUAUCCAUCAAACAUCUACAAGUUGCAUUGGUGACUUUGGCUUUGGACAAUGAGGGGCUCAUAGUUCCUGGUUAUACCCAUUUGCAAAGGGCACAGCCCGUUUUAUUAUCGCAUCUUCUGCUGGCUUAUGUCGAGCAGCUUGAACGUGAUGCCAGUCGUUUACACGAUUGUAGAGUUAGGCUGAAUUUCUCCCCCUUGGGUGCAUGUGCAUUGGCGGGCACGGGUCUACCCAUUGAUAGGUUUAUGACUUCUGAUGCUCUAGGAUUCACUGCCCCAAUGAGGAACAGCAUUGAUGCAGUUUCAGACCGUGAUUUUGUCUUGGAGUUUCUUUCUGCUAAUUCCAUCACAGCCGUUCAUCUUUCUCGUUUGGGCGAAGAAUGGGUGUUGUGGGCUUCAGAGGAGUUUGGAUUUAUCAUACCAAGUGAUUCUGUUUCAACUGGAAGUAGCAUAAUGCCUCAGAAGAAAAAUCCUGAUCCUAUGGAACUUGUUCGAGGAAAGUCUGCUAGAGUUAUUGGAGACCUGGUUACCCUUCUCACAUUGUGCAAAGGACUUCCGCUUGCUUAUAAUCGCGAUUUGCAGGAAGAUAAGGAACCUGUAUUUGACAGCGUUAAGACAAUUAUAGGGAUGCUUGAAGUUUCAGCUGAGUUUGCACAGAACAUUACCUUUAACAGUUCAAAAAUCCAAAAGGCAUUGCCAGCUGGCUAUCUCGAUGCCACAACACUUGCCGAUUAUCUUGUUAAGAAGGGAAUGCCUUUCAGAACUUCGCACGACAUUGUUGGAAGGUCUGUUGCAUUGUGUGUUUCAAAGAACUGUCAGCUUCAGGAUCUAAGUCUUGAUGACAUGAGAAGUACAAGUCCAGUUUUCCAAGAGGACGUGUAUGAAUAUCUUGGAGUAGAAAAUGCUGUUAAGAAAUUUGUCUCCUAUGGUUCCACAGGGUCUGCUUGUGUUGCUGAUCAACUUGAUUAUUGGGUUACCAAACUUGAAAUUAGCAGAAGCAGACCUCAUUAGUCAACUGUGUUGGAGAUUAUAUAUGGAGUUAAUAUCUAGACUUUCGAGAGUCGCCUUUGAGGAUGUGUAACACUAUGUUCAAUGGGUUAACGUAGUGCUAGAGUGAGCAACUGGUUGAUACAGAGUUACAAUGAUUGCUUUCAGGAUAAGAACAUCACCAGCAAGAGGGAUGCACCAUGGGCAGGAACUGAGUUAGUGAUUUUACAAUUUUAAUUAACCAAUUUGUAAGGUGCAGUACAAGCAGUGAAGACAUUUGCACGAAUGUAUGUGCUCUUUUGUUCCCUUGUUAUUGAAUGAACUUCCCAAUGACUUUUGAAUA